CCUCCACGUGGCACCCAAAAAGCAACUGAGAACAGCAAACCACAAUGACGAAAGAAUGGAUGGAAACCGCAACGGAAAGGAUACGAUAGGAAAUAGCAGCAACAACAGUAACAAUAGCAGUACAAAGAGCAAGAAGACGAAUGGACAAGUUCCUUUGACUGCGAGGUCUCUGUUGGACCUUUGCAAUUUCAAAAGGAAUGAAGGAGAAGAAGAAACUGAUGAAGAAUCACGACGCCUCCGCCAACUACAGCAAUGGCACCAAUGCCAACCUGAGAAAUUGGCCAGGUUUCUAGUAGAAGCUGCUGAUGUCAAGAGUGGGUGUUAUGCACUUCAUUGGGCUGCUGGAACAGGGUUUGAUCAGGCUGUUGCUUUUCUCUUGGAUCACUAUCAUCAUCCAGAAGAAUUGUCGGUCAACCAAUUGGCGUUGAAACCGUCGACGGGACGAACUCCCUUGCACUAUGCCGCUCGCAACGGUCACUUGUCCACCUCCCAGCUCCUGAUUGAAACCUACAAGGCCGAUCCUAACCCCAAAUGUCACAAGGGAUCAGUCUCUCCCAUGCAAUUGGCCGUUUGGCAAAAUCAACUCGCCAUUGUCCAAUAUCUGGCGCAAGCGAAUCAGAACAGUGGCAAUCCAAACAUUUUGUUAGAACGCAAUGAUUUUAACUGUGGAUUACAACACUGGAUUGGGCUCAUACCUAAACAUCGGUGGUUGGAUAGUAUCAACGACGACAACAACACCAACAAUCAAUCAACACUUUGUGGCAGUGGGGUGCUCCCUUUGGCCAACUACAUGCAUGAACAAGGAGGACUAUCCUACUCGUCCACUCCCGACAAUCAACAGAAUCAAGGACACACGCCCCUUCACAAGGCAGCCUGGGGCGGAAAUGUUGCCUUGCUGCAGUAUUUUUGUCAAGAGCAUGGGGUUUACGACAAUGUACAAGAUGCCUCGGGGAACUAUGCCGCCGAUUUGGCACUCAUGGGAGGGAACACCGAAGCCCACGCUUGGUUGCUACGACAUGGGAGUCGAGCACGAUGCGAAAGCUUGCAAGUACUGGGGUUCUCGGGGGAAGAGGUCAUCACCAAUGACGAAAUUUAUGCACGCUACAAAGUAUUGGCCAGAAAAUUUCAUCCGGAUAAACUCACGAGGGACAAGAAUAUGAAUUUUGGUCAUGACAAGAACAAUGAUGAACUGUUUAUGCAGGUCAAGGCAGCCUACGAACACUUGAUUCAUCAUGGAGGAGUUGGAUCGCAGCGAAAUCCAAAGUAUGAAGCAUUGAAAAUGCUCACGCAGCAAACCACCAACUCGAGCAAAAGGGAGAAUGGAAAAGAAGAAACAACAUCAACAGAGGAUUGUUCGUUAAACGAAGAUCAGUUGUUUCAAGCUCGGAUACUUGCGGUAAUCUCCGAUUAUGGUGACAAGGGGUUCCCUAUAUGCAGCAUUGCCCGCCGAUGGAAUCAAAUCUGGCCUGAUCAACCAUUUCCUUCCCCUGUGGACUACAUUAUCCAAGUGCCCGUGGUUGUCAAGCAGGGCAAGAAAGACGGGAGCAAUAAAAUUCUUGUUGACAAUGGCAAUGAAGCUCCGGCGACAGAAACAGCAAUCCAACCAUUAGAAACAACCAUGGUUCCAAAACGAGUACGACUGCUCAAGUUUCUCAAAUGGAAGUGUGGACAAGUGGUCAUGUUUCGCAAGAUUGAUGGGGUCGAACUCGCCUUUCAAAAGACUAGACUGCCAGAGCAAUACAAGGCACUUACCAACGGAAGUCUUCCAACAGAUGGGUGAUUGGAUUGGAAUUAUUGACUGUGAGGAUGAUAGGCAGACAAAGCCAUUUCUGUUCAGGGAUUAAUUCAUGCAAUCGGCUCGGCAAUCUCUAGCAGAGAGAAGAUCUUUGGUAACAUGAAUUAGGAAGAUGUUUGAGAUAUUCAGAUCAUUGGGGUCAGCAUUGAUUUCCAAGUAACUAAAAGAAUUGCUCUACCGGAACAAAUAAACUGCUCUACAGAUAAAACUACUAAAGUACUUAGACUACAAGUUGCCAAAGCUGUCU